AUGAGUUUGGAAAUGACUUUUGAUGGCAAGAUGAUGCCUGUGAACGAGCUGCCUGAUGAGAAGCCAUGUCACAAGAAGGCUAAAGGUUUGCAUUUUCUCUCCUCCCCAUGGUGGUGCCCUGCUGCGAUGACUCUGGUCAUCCUUUGCCUAGGGUUAUCAGUGACCCUUAUUAUACAACGGAUGCAAUUACUCCAGGUAUCCAACCUCCUCAAGCAAUACCAAGCAAACCUUACUCAUCAGGAACAUAUCCUGGAGGGACAGAUCUUAGCCCAGCAGCAGGCAGCAAAUACUUCACAGAAGAAACUCAAGGAAAUGAUAGACACCCUCACCUGGGAGCUGAAGGAGAAAUCCAAAGAGCAGGAGGGACUUCUGCAACAGAACCUGGACCUCCAAAAAGCCCUGCAGAGAGCUGAAAACUUUACAGGUACAGGGGAAGGUCAGUGAAGAGGGGUGGUAUCCAACCUCCUCAAGCAAUGCCAAGCAAACCUUACUCACCAGGAACAUAUCCUGGAGGGACAGAUCUUAGCCCAGCAGCAGGCAGCAAAUACUUCACAGAAGAAACUCAAGGAAAUGAUAGACACCCUCACCUGGGAGCUGAAGGAGAAAUCCAAAGAGCAGGAGGAACUUCUGCAACAGAACCUGGACCUCCAAAAAGCCCUGCAGAGAGCUGAAAACUUUACAGGUCCGUGUCCACAAGACUGGUUAUGGCAUAAAGAAAACUGUUAUCUGUUCUCUUCUGAGCAGUCUUAUUGGGCAAAGAGCCAAGAAUUCUGCCUGUCUUUGGAUGCUCAGUUGCUACAAAUUAAUAGCAUAGACGAUCUGAAUUUCAUCUCACAAACAACUUCCCAUUCCACCUCGCCAUUCUGGAUGGGAUUGCAUCGGAAGAAACAAAAUGACCCAUGGUUGUGGGAGAAUGGCUCUCCUUUGCGUCCUCACUUAUUUAAGAUCAGGGGUAUUCCUCCCCAGACGCAUCCAUCAGGCACCUGUGUGUACAUUCAAGAGGGAGCUGUUUUUGCUGACAACUGCAUUUUAACUGCAUUCAGCAUAUGUCAGAAGCGGGCAAAGCUAUUGCUAAUGCAGUGAAUUUAAAGAUUCUGGAAGAACAGGAGAAGACUUUUGACUGUUGUUGUGAAAUUUAAGCUAUUAUUACGUACUUGAAUGUAAAACAUGAUUUUCCUGACAGCUGUCAGCUAACUACUAACUUCAGUUCACCUGAGCAGAGGCAAGGACCAGAUGCACAGACGGGGGAUCCAGUUGUUUGACAUCUUUGUAUCUAAAGUUGUGAGUUCUAUUGUUUAUCCAUAUGUAUUAUCCUUGCCCUUCCCA